AGCCUCAACGUCAUGGGCUCGGUGACACAGCCUCUAUCGCCCUACCAGGCAUUACGAAGCUUCAGGCAGCCAUCUAUGUAACAUAUCUGAAGCUGUCUCGUCGUCUCUUUCAUAUACGAUAGCACGCUCACAUCACAGAUUCACGUCGUGUACCACGAAACGCUCAUCAGCUUUACCCAGCGCAUACGAACCACGGACGAUGGGCGAACUCUAUGCGUCAUGCCCCCUCGAUCGGACGCGCAGAGAGAUCAGACUGCUCACCCUCCAACCCAACAAUGACGAAGACAUGACGAGAUGCAGCCUGCAGACCUACAGCCCAGAAGACUGUCCAUCGUAUACUGCUUUGUCUUAUACCUGGGGCGCCGAUGUAAUGCACACCGACAUCGAGAUCAACGGCGUCAGUGUCCCAAUUCGCGAAAAUCUAUGGGACUUCCUACAUCAGCAACUACUCCAUGAAAAUUAUGGACCGUUCUGGAUUGAGGCAGUCUGUAUACAGCAGUCGGAGGUGGACGAGCGCAAUCAUCAAGUACAAAUGAUGGGCUCCAUAUAUUCGAACGCACGAAAGGUUCUGGUCUGGCUGGGUAAAGAAGGCGAAGACAGCGAUCUUGCCAUACGGGCGUUGACAACCUGGACGUGGAGCAGGCGUUACAGUGGGAGGGCCUUACCGAACCUGUUCCCCAACGAGGACAAAGACAGUAAAAAAGCCACCAAAGAAAACGAAAGCGCGACUAUUUGGACCAGGGAAGAAGCUCGUAGCGUACUGUCACUAUGCGGGAGAGCUUAUUGGUCUCGCAUGUGGAUCAUCCAAGAAGUACUACUCGCCCUCGACAAAGAGGUCCACUGUGGUACACUGAGACUCAAGUGGUAUAAACUAGUACAAUUAUAUGACUAUCUUGAUAAAGUCAAGUUCUCGACCAACCAGGAAGCGUUCACGCCUUUCCAUAACGUCCUGAUGAAAAGUGGAGCCAUGCGUAUAGCCAAUAAUACAAGCAUGACGAGAGGUCCUUCCAACAAGCUCAGUUUCAACCUGCUAUUCCAGAUGUAUGGUGAUCACGAGUGUGCAGAGAUCAGAGACAAAGUCUAUGCUCUUGUGGGGGUGGGGAGAUAUGGUUCGGUUUUGGAACUUGACUAUCGUAGACCAGUCAAGGAUAUUCUUCUCGAUGUAUUCUAUCUUGAAAUAAUACGAUGGAGCUGGGAGCGUCAAGGGGGUGGUCAUGAUUCAAAGUAUGACACCGGGUACCUAUUGGAGAGGGUUUUGGGGGUUCCCUUUCCUGAGGAUGAGGUAAGCUUCCACCUCAAUUGCAGCUCUGAUAUAGCACGCGAGGUAUAUCACCGUUUGUAUGACCAGCCACAGUUGGAUUUCUCUGAUGCAUUCGCUCGGGCACGGCAAAGUAUGUAUUACACCGCCAAGUCACAUCCCAGCAAGUAGAUAAACCAUCGAACACACUUUCAAUCAUCAUGAACUCCAUUACUGGGAAAGACCAAGUAAUAGUAGCGCCAUCCGACUCCGGAAUAAGGUCGUCCUCGU